AUGUCUAUAAACCCAAAGCAUAACUCUGAUUAUUUUUAUUUUGAAAGAGCCAUCCUGAUUAUCACUGGUAGCCAUCAGCUAGAAAGCCGACGAUACGAUGGUGGUGUGAAGCCAAAGCUUAAUUUACAGCAAGUAGCAAUUGCACAGGUUGUGAAUUACAAUGUAAGCAGUAAAGAGAAUUCAGAGAGAGAGUCCGUCAUCCACAGCCACUACAGUCCUCUUAAUGUCACAGUGAAUGGGAGCCCUUGCAUACUUUUCUGGGCCAGAAGAAUCAUGAUUAAGUUUCAGAAUCACACUCAGCUGGACCUAACAGACAAGACAUUUGGUGUUCAUGCAACUGUAGAUGUUGCUGAUUCAAACUGCAGUGAAGAAAAUGCUAUGCUUUCCCUUAAUUUUGGUGAUGUUGACAAUCUGAAGGGAUUUGUUAUCAGAUUUAUGCUCACAAACAGUUACUACAAGCUGUCCAUUCAAAACUGGUUUACCUUGCAUAGAAUCCAGCUCAUAUACAACCAUUCCGUACAAGCGACAUUCAAUGCAACCCGAAUACAUGCUCCAGCGAGUUAUUCCUAUCACUGUGAACAUGUUAGCAACCUCCAGAGGUAUGAUGCGCUGCUGACACCCAGCUCCACAAAUGAUGCAGCCGGGCUCUGGGAAGUCACUUUUAUUGACUUUCAGAUUCAAGGAUUCAACAUUGAAGAUGGACAGUUUGCUUACGCCAAAGACUGUGCCUCCUUAUUCCCACCAGCAAUUCUGAUGGGCCUGGUGAUGUCUCUGAUUUUGCUUCUUGUUCUGGCCUAUGCCCUCCACAUGCUGAUACACUUGAAAUCCCUUGACAGGCACUAUGAAGGCAAGGCAUCUCCUGCUUAUUUUCCACCGAUGAAAGACAUUGACACAGCAGAUGAAAAAGAACCACUGCGAAAUAAUGGGAACGAAGCCUAUGAACUUACAAGCCAACAGUACUCCAAGAUCUAUAUUUAGCAGUGUCUGUGUGUUCCAC